AAGCAAUAUAAUACAGCAUGUAUCGCCCAUCUCCAGAGGCGACUACAAAGCAGUACAACGUUUAACCGACAGGAGACGCCAGAGUUCCGUCAAUGUCACCGACGCUUCGCCCUGGAUGAAGCCGCCUGUUGGUGCUGUUUUCGGGCAUGUGGCUUUGAGGCUUGCUCUCCUCUGACCCUGACUCGUCCAUGGAAAAAAAAGGCAAAGAAAAGGGGGGCUGGGUGAUGCGCCACGGAGGAAAAGACAAGGCUUUCAUUUGAAAAUGCUGAUGUCGCUAAACAUGGAGAGUCGCCGCCUUUACGGACUAAGUGUGGUCGCUUAUUGACUUUGUGAAAGCAAAAGAUUGCGCUGCUGUUUGGUGCCUUUUUUUGGACGUUGAUACUCCCCAUCUGCAAUGAUGCGGGCUGUGGAAGGGAGCAGGACCGCCGUGCUUCUAGUCGCGCUUAUUGGACUUCUAGUUCCAGAAGGAGCCGGUAAAACACCGAGGGAACAUACAGCCACGGAAGAAGUGACUCUGAAGGUCCACCUGAGCGAUGCCAGCACUCGCCAGCCUAUGGUGGGAGCAUCCAUACAGCUCUUUGCAAACCACACUUUGGUAACCACGGAAACCUCACUGGCCGACGGCAACGCCUACCUACGCUUCCCAUACCGCCUGGGGACCCUGUUGGUCGUUACUGCAACCAAACGCGGUUACGUGCCAAACUCCGUGCCCUGGAGACCCUCCCGACUACCUGUCUUUUCCUCUAUCAGCCUGAGUCUUCUACCCGAGAGAGCCGCCACUCUGACGGUGUACGAAGAUGCUGUGGAGAUUGUUUCCGAUUUCCAAGGUUUUAGGCACCAGCCCAGUGUUCAUUUCCAGCGCAGAGCCUUGAGUCUUCCUUCCAACACGUCCUACUCCAACCUGACCGCUCUGCUCAGCGUGGCCGACUCGCCCUCGCUCAUCCAGCUCAUCCAGCACUUUCCCUACCUGCUGGUCCCUGGCGGCAAUGGCACAGGGUCUGAGAAGCCGUCGGCGUUGACUCCAGUGGCCGCCGUCUCCGUCCACCUAUUGGCCAGCGACGGAGCGGAGCUGCAGGUGAAUGAACCAAUCACCGUGUCCAUCCCACUGCCUGCGGACAGCGGCCUGAAGGAAAAUGAUCACGUCCCCGCGUGGAGAUUUGACCCGCGGUUGGGUGGCUGGAUAAAGAGCAGUUUGGGUCACUUGCGAAAAGUAGACGACCAACUCAUCCUGACCUACAUUGCUCCCCAGCUGGGAUACUGGGUGGCCGCCAUGUACCCACCCCACUCAGGUCCUCUGGUUGACAAAGACAUCAGCAUGUACCACACCAUGUUUCUACUGGCCAUCCUUGGAGGCAUGGCCCUCAUCCUGCUGUGCCUGCUCUGCGUCCUUCUGUACCACUGCAGGCGUCGUUGUUUGAAGCCCAGGGGCUCUCACCGCAAGCUCAUGCUGGCGUCUGGUCUGGACAGCAGCAAGAGGGACCAAGCCACCUCCAUGUCUCACCUCAACCUCAUCAACAACGAGGUGCAUCUGGAGCUGGUUUCCACGGGAACGGAGCCUGACAUGACCACGCCGAUGCUGAAGCCUUCCUCCUUGGAGCGUGGAGACAAUCGCCACCCGCAUAGCCUGAUCCAGCACAGCAAACACAGCCGCUCGUCCCUGGGCAACAGCCACCAAGGCUCCUCUCUGGGCAACCUGACGCCCCGCAGCCGGGACUACAGGCAGUCUGUGGAGACGGUCCAGCUGAAGUCCGCCCUCUCCUGCGCCACGGACCGAGGCUACCGUCAGUCGUACGCCUCCGUCUGCUCGUCCAGUAACAACAUACCCGAUGGACUGUCGGCCGCAAACCACGGCUUGCUGUCCGAACAUCAACUGAGCGGCGUCGUCUCGCCUUCCUCGCCCCCUCACUCCCCCAGCAGAGGCGAAGGAGGUGAGUGCCGAGCUCCCGACUACCUUCUGUCCCGGUCUGUGGACCACCUAGAGCGCCCCCCCUCGCUCUCCAGACCGGGACAGCUGCUCUGCUGCGCCUCGGUGGACCUGCUGAGCAGCAGCGAAACCUACCCGAGGGUGCGCCCCACCCUGGUCAUCCCCGCUCAUUACAUGCGCUUGCCCGGGGAGCACCCCCUGUCGGGUCAGGCCCUCCUGCUGCAAACGGACCAGCAGAGCGACCUGGAAACCAUCCAGGCCGAGCUUAACGCCUCGCAGCCAGCGCAGCCUCAGAGACAAACCCCGAAAGACUGCAUCCCAGGUCCUUCCGAGCGGGGCGGCGGGGAGAAGCUGGUGGAAGCGCUGUCCAUCCCGGCGGCGCUCGGCGAAACGGCUCUGGUGGAAAUAAACAGCGAGGACACUCUCUUGGCUGAAAAGACUUUAAUGGCGCUCCGAGGCGGGAAGCCUCUGCCUCACCCGCGGGCCUGGUUCGUCUCCUUAGACGGCCGCUCCAACGCUCACAUACGCCACUCCUACAUCGACCUUCAGCGGGCGGGUUGCCACGGUAACGCGGCAGGCGGCGGCGGCGGUCAGCAGGGGAGCGGACGGAGACACGGCAGCAGCAACGACGCCAGUCUGGACUCCGGCGUGGACCUGAAUGAGCCACGAGCGGGUCGCCGGGGCAGAGACGUGGAACCAGAGGAGCGAGGAGACGAAAGGGAGGGGUCAAAGGGCACCGUGCCAACGACGGCUUUCACGCAGCUCGUGUACGUGGAUGAUGUGGAGGCGGCGGGCAGCAAGGAGACCCUCAAGUACGACUCCCGGGACAGCAAAUUGGGGUCGGUGCAGUCCGUCACGGGAGACGCAGACGCCGCACAAAUACACAAGGAAUCUCCUUCGCCAUCCUCAUCAUCACACGCGUCUUCUCCUCGUCCUCUGUCCCCUCAUCAUGACGUCGCUCUCGGGAACACGCUGCUGUCCGCCUCCCCGGAAGACGACGCUGCAACCGAGGACGGGGAAGAGGAGAAGAAGAGCCCCUGGCAGAGGCGAGAGGAGCGACCCCUGCUGGCCUUCAACCUGAAAUGAAUCCUCCUGGAUUUCACCAUUGGUUCUUCCUACAAAAGCACUGACUUCAGCACUGGGUCCCCCAAACAAAGGGACCACCAAGGGAUCUUUUACAAACUUUUGGGUCCAUUUUUUUUAUGAAACGACCACUAACAUGUUUCCUGGAGGACUUUUUUUUUUUAUAUAUAUACUGUAUAUGCAAAACAACAAUAUGCCUUUUUAGGAGCUGUCGUCCAUGCAAAAGAUGGCCGAUUGUCACAAAGGAUGGACUACAGAAAUCCUUUUCCUUAAGCCAUAUUGGCCUCCAUGACUUUAACCUCCAUUUUUGCCUCACAGGUAGCGUCGUCUUCUGAUUCCAAGCCCACUCCCACGCAACAAGUCGCCUUUAGCACACGUACGUGAUGUCCUUUGGGAGGCUUUCUUAUGUGGCUUGGACUCGCAGGUGACAUUCCAAAAUGUAAUCCCAGCAAAUACAUUAUGUGUACAGUUAUGUUUUUUUUCCAUAUACGUAUAUAUGUUCCUAGUAUCAUUUUGUUUUCAUUAAAAAAAAAAAUAUCUGGGUGUCAUUGAUGGAGCCUGAGAGAGUUAGAGAAUCAAUGGAGCCUGUCCGGUCUGAGGGAUGUUUUUUUUUACAUGAAGAAAAUGACAAAAACCACUACGUGUGCACGGCAAGGAUGGAAUACCACUAUUAGUGAAGUCCCAAGUAACGAUACUGUCGAGUAAAUACUAUGAAGGGUUUUUUUUGUUGUUUGUUUGUUUGUUUGUUGAAGGAGUUGAAUCACUGAUGGUUUGUUUGCUGUAAAGGCUAUGCAUCACUUUUUUAUACACCCGCUUGAGAUGCCUUUUUGUGUCAUUUUUACUGAUUUUAAUUGCCAACGUGAAGUAUUUUAACCCGAUGAGUCUCUAAAUAUAUGUCUAAAUAUAUGUUAAGGGCUUUUCUUCAUCACUUGCCUUUUUUAUGUACUUUUACUUUAUUACCUGAAACCAAACUGUUUUGCUUGCAGUAUUUUCCCCCUCCUCCCCAAGUGCCUUUUUCUUAAGAUACAGAUUUUCCAGAUAUGAUCACCGUUUAUUUAUUUCUCACCCUAUUUUGCCUUCAUCUUUUCUGCUCUACCUCCGUACCUUUUCCCGCCAGUGACUGAAGGUAUGCAGAAAAAUGCAGUUACACUCCUCCAUAAUGCACACUCCUAUUCAGGUGGUUUGCACUGCAGCAGGGAAAUUGAUCAAUCAAAUCCAGCGUUGCUUUUUAAUUUUUUUUUUACGUUUUUCUGAGUCAUGAUGCAUGUUUUUUUUUUUUUUUUAAUGGCAUACUAUGCUCAUGUGAGAGAGUCGGACAAUAAUCAGUACCACUCUGAUUCAUAUAGUCAUAGCAAUCACAUUAAACCUUUUUAUUAUCAUUCCUUUCCUCCUUUUUGAGUCAAAAUAAUGCAAGUCCGCAUUCUGCCUCGGCACUUCUCUCUAGCCUGAUCUCGAGUGUGUAAAUUGGUCGUUUGCAUUCUAUAUUUCAUUUCAUUAUUCUGAAUAA